GUAAUAGCUCAACGACAUAAGAGGAGCGCGCGCGCACGCGGCCCCGUCUCCCGUUGCAAUAAACGCGAGUGCGCGUCCGUUAUCAACGAACCCCGCCAGAGAGCCAGCAGAGCUCACACCGCACGCACGCACGCACGCACGCAGCCGAGCCGAUCCGAGCCGAGCACUUUAUCCCCGGCGUUUUUCCGCGCACAGGCGGCAGAGGAGGGAAGAUGAGCUGGUAGCGCGGCUCCACGUCCACGUCCCCCCCUUUUUUAAUUUAUUUAUAGAAAAAGCCACAUUCUGCCUUUGGACGUCUAGAUUCUGUCGCCCGAGACCAUGAAGACCGCACUUCCCGGGACCGACAUCUUCAUCUUCCAGCUGCUCAUCUUCAGCCAAAUUGUUGUGGCAGCAGAGCCGCUGGUCCGAGGCCUGAGGAAACUCCCUGAAGACAUCGACUGGUCGUACUCAGGUGCCCUGAACCAGGGCAAGUGGGGUAAGAAGUACCCGUCCUGUAACAGCGCCAGGCAGUCUCCGGUGGACAUCGACGAGACGUUCACCCAAGUCAGGCUGCAGUACCAGGAUCUACAGCUAGAGGGCUGGGACAAGCUGACGGCAGGGUCCAGCACCAUCCACAACAAUGGCAAGACGGUGGCCCUCCGCGUGGAAGGGGAGUUCUUUGUGAGUGGAGGAGGGCUGAGCUCCAGGUUUCGCGUUGGUACAAUCAACUUCCACUGGGGGCGCUGCAAUGCAACGUCCGAAGGCUCUGAACACAGCUUGAGUGGGAUGAAAUACCCUUUGGAGAUGCAGAUCUUCUGUUACGAUUCAGAUGACUUCCAAAGUCUGGAUGCUGCCGUGAGGGAUGGAGGGAGGAUCGCUGCCUUGGCUGUGCUCUUUGAGAUCAGCUUGGAAGACAACGAGAGCUUCAGUCCUGUCGUAGAAGCCGUCAACACCGUCACUAGGUUUGAUAAGAGCGGGUCGAUGGAAGCGUUCACCUUGCGGUCCUUGCUGCCCGAUAACACAGAUAAAUAUUAUAUUUACAAUGGCUCACUAACUGCACCUCCUUGCUCUGAGACAGUGGAAUGGAUCGUCUUCAAACACACUGUGGCCAUAUCAGAAACACAGUUGGAGGUGUUUUGCGAGGUGAUGACCAUGGAGCAGGCCGGGUACGCCAUACUGACGGAUUACCUGCAGAACAACUUCAGGGAGCAGCAGCAGCAGUUCAUGGGUCAGGUGUUUGCCUCGUACACCGGAGUGGAGGACGUGCCCACACCCACCUGCAGCUCGGAGCCGGAGAGCGUUCAGGCCGAUGCCCAGAACGACACCACCAUCGUGGUCACGUGGGAGCGCCCUCGCGCCGUUUACGACACGACCAUCGACUGGUACACCGUCACCUACCAGAGGCUGCAGGGCCGAGACCAGAGCAAGCAGGACUACAGGACGGACGGGGACCAGGACGUGGGCGCCAUCAUCCCCGGCCUGCUGGCCAACAGCAGCUACGUGGUUCAGGUGGUCGCUAUUUGCACCAACGGACUCAGAGGCCGAUGGAGUGACCAGAUUAUAGUGGACAUGCCGUUAGAAGAACCGGAAAGGGAUUCAGAUCCUGAAGAACUGGAAGGCAACACUGAGCCCUCAUCUGAAGCCAAACCGAAGACGCCGGAGAACCAGAAUCAGGUGGAUGUGUCCCCAGAGGACCACAGCCCCGUGGAGGAGAUCCCCGUGGAGCAGACCAGAGUUUACCAAAACCAGCCCGAGCACCACCAGAACCCCCCGGUGCAGGUCAACGCUCGCUCAACCCCAAAGACCCCGUCCGAGUAUAUUGUCCCGCAGAAAACCCGAAUCAAUCAGAACGGGAAAAAGAAAGCUGGUGGCAAUAAGAACUGGAUUCACGAGGACGGCGAUGCGACGCGCAGACCCUUCUCCAAACCGGGUUUCGACGGCAACGGCGCAAUAUGGGUGACCGAGGUAACCGAGCAGCCGGGCUUCCUGUUUCCAGUUGCCCGGACAACGAGGCUGCCGACAGUUCGCCGAAAAAUCACAGAAGAGGCCUCGUUGUCGAUGUUGCCACAUCAGUCUGUGGAUCAAGGCCCACCAGACCAAGCUGGAGACAGCAGGCUCCCUUCCUCUCAGUCGGCCCUCUCCACCCCUCCUGUGGAGGACACCCCAGUCACAGAUAUCUUCUAUGAAGACACAGUCACCAGCUCCCCACUAGAGACCACCGCCUCUUCAGAAACAGGCUCUUCAGAUGCUGCUUCUCUGUUGCAAGGUGAUCAAGUGGGCAGAGUCCCCUUGCCGUCCCCCGAGGACGCCGAUGCCCCUGUGAACGAACCCGGACCAGAGGGUCCCUCCACGCCGUCGCCGCUGUGGAUAACGGCGAGGGCGGCGACCGCCAGCAACACCCUGGCCGAGUCAGUCCACAAAUCACUCACCACCUCCUCUCUUCUCAUGGUGCUGAUGCAUACAACCCAGCCGAUGUUUAAUGAGGGCAGCAACAGCAGCCACGAGUCUCGGGUGGGGUUGGUCGGAGGGGUGGACAGGGAGAAGAGGACGGUCGUCCCUCUGGCUGUCGUCUCCACUCUUACCAUCCUGUGUCUGCUGGUACUGGUGGGCAUACUUGUCUACUGGAGAAACUGUGUCCAGGCAACUCAUUUCUACCCAGAUGACAGUGUGUCCCCUAAAGUCAUAUCAGCUCCAUCGACGCCCCUGCUGCUUGCCACCGACGGUCACGAGCCACUGACAGUGAAGCAGUUCGUAAAGCACGUCAUGGAGCUGCACGCCGCUAACACCUUCUCCAAGGAGUUUGAGAUUGUGAAAGAGUCCUAUGAGGAGGUGCAGGCGUGCACAGUGGACAUGGGCAUCACUACAGACAGCUCCAAUCACCCCAGCAACAAAAGCAAGAACAGAUACAUAAACAUAUUGGCCUACGACCACAGUAGAGUCAAACUCUCCAACAGUUUGGACAGAGAUGGGAGAUGCGGAGACUACAUCAACGCUAACUUCGUAGACGGAUAUGAGCGGACGAGGGCGUACAUCGCGGCUCAGGGGCCGCUCAGAGCCGGCAGGGAGGACUUCUGGAGGAUGGUCUGGCAGCAGAAUAUCGGAGUCAUUGUCAUGAUCACCAACCUCAAAGAGAAAGGACGGACAAAGUGUGACCAGUACUGGCCGGAGAAAACACAGGAAGAAUACGGCCCGUACCAGGUGACCCUGAGAAGCAGCAAGACUCUUGCUUACUACACACUGCGGACGUUCAGCGUCCGAGACACUGCAAAUAAGGCAUCUCAGAGGGUUGAACACACCGUCCUCCACUACCACUACACCCAGUGGCCAGACAUGGGCGUCCCAGAAUACACUCUGCCUGUGCUGUCCUUCAUCAGAGCAUCAUCGCGGGCAAGGACACAAGAGAUGGGACCUGUUCUGGUGCAUUGCAGUGCCGGCGUAGGACGAACAGGAACCUACAUAGUGAUAGACAGCAUGCUGCAGCAGAUCCAAGAUCAGGGUACGGUGAACGUUCUCGGUUUCCUGAAACACGUCCGGACGCAGAGGAACUUCCUGGUUCAGACGGAGGAGCAGUACGUCUUCAUCCAUGACACUCUGGUGGAGGCCAUCCUGAGCCGUGACACCUCAGUGACCUCUGACCUCCUCCACACCUACGUGUCCGACCUCCUGACCCCUGGGGCGUCGGGCAAGACGCGCAUGGACAAACAGUUCAAGUUGAUCAGUCAGCGCCAGGCGAAGCAUGCCGACUACAGCACCGCCCUGAGGGACGGCAACGCUGAGAGGAACAGAGCCAGAGCUCUGAUGCCUGUUGAAAGAUCAAGAGUGUGUUUGACCGCUUCGGAGUCAAACUGCACCGGGUACAUCAACGCCUCCUACGUCAUGGGACAUCACCACAAUAAGGAGUUUAUUGUGAGCCAGACUCCUCUGAGGAGCACCGUGGAAGAUUUCUGGAGAAUGAUCUGGGAGCACAGCACACACACUGUUGUCCGUUUGUCACACACACAUUGUCAGAGUGAGGACAGGGAGUGUUGUGUUUACUGGCCCAGUAAAGACCAGCCAAUGUGCUUUGAGGGUUUCACUGUGUCAUAUUUGGGGGAGGAGCUUGUGUGUCUGUCCAAUGACGAGAGACUCUUGGUGCAGGACUUCACAGUGAACUCUCCACAGAGUGUGCUGGAGGUGCGUCAGUACAGCGCCCCCUGCUGGCCCAACCCAGACAGUCCUAUCAGGAACAGUUUUGAUCUCGUGAGCACAGUCCGAGAGCAGAGCAGAUAUUCGGACGGGCCCACAGUCAUACACGAUCCGUUGGGAGGUGUGACAUCAGGGCUGUUCUGUGCCCUCACCGCCUUGUCCAGUCAGCUAGAGGAGGAAGGAGCGGUAGACGUCUACCAGAUGGCACGGAUGACCAACCUCAUGAGGCCCGGUGUUUUUAAUGAUAUAGAGCAGUACCAGUACCUGUACCGAGCUGUGCUGAGUCUGGUGAACAGCCAGGAAGACCAGAGGGCCCUGCAGAGUCCCGAAACCAACGGGUCUGUACCACUGGGCCAGACUAACAUCGCUGAGAGUCUGGAGUCACUCAUGUAGUCCCAGGCACAUUUACCACACAAAACAUAGCACAUUCACAGACAUUCUAUCAUGAAAUCACACAGACGCACCAGCAUGGGCUCAGUGCUCUGGGCCAAUGAGGCCUGCCAUGAGAUGAUCACCUCUGUGUCUGUGGUCCACUGAGCAUGCGGCAGCUUUAGGCAGGUCUUUAAAAGCGACUAAGCUACAGAGGCCAGCAGACAGAGAGCUUAUUUCUGAUGUUAAACCAAGUCGGGUCGGAUGAAGUCACCCAACGAGCCCCUGAGACGACUCGUCCUUUAAAGGAGAAACGGUAUGGCACCGGCGAUUUAUCUUUGUUACUUAUUGAUAAUACUUUACUAAUGCUUUAUAGAUCAGUGGAAGCCCUGAGAAGUUUAUUUUCUCAGUCUAUUUUCUGUGUCAAUGAGUAGGACUUAAGGACUUAAGAAAAGUUUUUUAAAAGGACUUCAUCUACAAAAAAAAGUUUAGGUGAAGACGUUUGUGCAUUUGGUUUUUGGUAAAUACAAUGUUUCCGUUGCUGCAACACUAAUUUGGGCCAAAGAGAUUGAAGCGCACCAAUAGUCAGUGUUCUAAAUUCAUACAGGUCUAAACUCAAGGUGCAGAUAAUACAUUAAGGUGAUGUAACAUUACUAUUUUAUUAUUUGUGCUAAUCUGUCUAUAGGAAAAAGAUGAAUAUGUUCAGUCCAAAAGGUUUCUUACCUGUUGUUGUUAGGUAAUAAACAUGUUUUUUUCUUUCGGAAAUGAACCAUGUUUCUGUUGCCAGGCUGAGAAACCUCCCUUUGAUUGGUCAGACUGUUUUUGCCAGAAAAUAGUGGGUCACAAUAUAGACCAAAAUCCACUUAGUGCACUUCUAACUACCUUGUUGAUGCUUUAUUAGAAAGCAAACAACUAAUGGGAAUUUAUUGAUGAAUUACCAAGAUUUAGAACAGGACUUGUACAAAGUAGAAUGUAUACAAACCAGUGCAACCCAAUAACAGGUCUAUAAAGCAUUACUAAGUUAUGUUUUAAACAUUAAUAAACUCACUAUUUACAAUUCAGAAGCCCUCUAGGUAGUAGUACCAAUACAAUAUUGGAAAUAUUUUUUCUCAAUAAUAAAAGGAGUACGCUUGAUAUUUCCAAUAAAUGACCUACAUUGAAUUCAUAACUUCUGUCUAUUAGCAUAUUUCUUUGAUUAGUUGUGAAUAAAUGGAAAUUUCAAUAGGAAUAUAGAUUGAGAGUCCAAAUAAAAAUAGAAAUAAAUACAAAAUAUAUACAAUAUAAGAAACAAGAACAAGACUUAAAGGUAAAAAAAAAAAGAAUGUACGAAAUGUUAUUCCCCUUAGGCUUGUUUUUCUCCAUAUUUUAUGCACCGCACAUUAACCAGCACACUGUGUGGCUCAAACUACCACGUUUCCUUAUUGAGAGUAAUAUUUUGAUUAACCAAAAUCUAUAGAGGGCUCACUUGUGACACUAAAUUGACUGCUGUUGAAUUUCUCCGUUCAUGUCUUGUGUCCACUGGCUCCAUGGUCUCUGGUACCCCGUGCCUUUUGUAGUUCAUGUUAUUGUACUUUAAAGCGGUUUUGAUACAACAACUGUGUGACUAAUAUGCCAAAAUAAUGACCUGUGAUUUUUUUCUAUUUUCUAUUGCGCUUAUUACUUUCAUAUGUCAAAGUUAAAGAGAAGAUCCAAUGUCAGAAGUUUUGUAAAAGCUGCGAUUUCAAUGGUAUUCCACAAUAAGUCAGUCUGUUGAGUAUCAAACACGACGGCCCACCAGAGCUGCUGCUGAAUUUGUGUCAGUUAACAACGACGCAGCUGGGGGGGGGGGGUAGUUUCCAAGAUAAUUAUGAGAUAAAAGAUGAAGAUCAUUUUUGGAUAUCCUCUAAAUUAAAGAAGUAAAUUUGUGACGAAAGAAAACACACAGAUUAUCAAGAAAGUCUAUUUAUAGGAACCAUUUACAGGGUAAAAAACUUCUCAUGUAUUUCUUAUUUUAAUUGCUAACCAGUUUUCUUAAUUUAAAGAAAACAUCAAAACUCCAAUUCCCCUGCUCCCUUUGCCCCACGAGCUACGUCUAUUCUCCUUCCGAGCGAGCCCCAACACCCCCUUAUGUGUCACAAAAGACCAAUCAAACAAUAUUGAGGCUUCUAUAUGUGGCUAUUUUGCAUCCACCCUAUUUAGAGCACAUCUGGGGAAACAACUGCCUCAGAUGGUGAUUCACACCCGAUCUGACUGGAAUAUGUAAUGCUGUGUAAAUUUCCCCGAUUAUACAUCAAAAGGCCAAAUUACUGUUUGUUUAUACUGUAUCUCUAUAUAUAUUUUCUAUUUUACUAUAUAAAAAAAGUGAUUUUCUAGUCAUUUACACAUAUACAUUAUAAUGGUGUGGAAGGUUUGAUGAUUUUAGCCUGGAAAUAUUGCUCAUGUUUAUAGUUUUACUGGCAUGUUCUCUCUUUCUAUCUUUAUGAUCACAGUAGCAGCUUAAUGUCUUUUCCUUUAUCUCCAGCCAUAAACUGGUGCAGUGUGUAAAUAGCAACAAGUCAACAAGCAACACCAACCGUGUUUAUGAUUUUCAAUUUGUUUCUUUUUCCAGGAGGGAGAAGUAAAUAAAAUGUUGUUUUUCGGA